CGUUGAGUUCCUACUUGUUGAUCCGCCGUUGCCUUGCGAUCUAUCGCGGGAUUCCGUGUCUCCACGUGGAAAGGUUCCUAGUUGAUGUCUGUCGCCAUCCGCCGAUAUGAGUUCAUCCGUUUGCGUGUCUUCACUAAAAAAUGGCUCUCUCACACAGCAAGCAUGGGCCCGUGUGAGCUGCUGAUGGAUGGUGUGUUGAUUAGGUGUCAUUGGUGAACUCUGUGUGUUACGUCAAGCUAGGAUAAGAUGUUACGGAGGUAGGCAAGCUUUGAAUAUGGACCGUGGGAUGUGUUAAAAGCAAAAUGGGUGUUCUAUAUGGUUGCUGGUAUAUGCUGGAUGCUUGGUGUGAGCUGAGUGGGUAAGUUGAUCAAAUUGUCAUGUGUGAGAGAGUGCUAUGCGCGCACUGGGCAAGUGGUUUUUAGUUGAGUUCUGUGCGAGAAUGAGCAAGCAUGGGCCUGUGUGCGCUGCUAAUGAAGGCAUGUGCGAUGUCCACAAGUGAAUGGUGUAACGUCUGUAUUAUGUGGGCUUGCUGAGUAUGUGUGUGUUGAAGUUGCUGGCAUGUUCAUUGGAUGUGUUUGCGUUGCACUUUGUGUGUGUGGCGAACGAAAGAGGAUUCCAGGAGCUGUGAUCUGCAGCUCCAUAAAUCGCAAAGUCGUUGCAAUGGAUCUGUUGAUUGCUCUGUCUCUAAAUAAUAACUUGUAGCUUAAGUGUCCAGUCUGAAUGAGGAAGGUAGGAGUGCAGAAAAUUUGCUCAGUUUGGCUCACAAACCUUAUAUUAUGACCGACAUUUAAUAGUAGUUUGGUAAAUUGUUCCAUAAUGUUUUAGUAAGACCUCUUGUUUGGGUUGCUGGAAUUACCAGCAAAAACCUUGUUUCCUUCAUCAUCUCUAGUAUUGGCAUUAGUUAAACUAUUACCCAUGGUCAUAUUUCUUUUCCGAGGUUUGACUGAUGGAUGGCGUGUUGUAUUGACUGUGCUUCCAAAGUUCUAUUAUAAAAUAAAUGACAUGCUUAGCCUUGGACACUCAGGUUCUGGUCCCGUCAUGUUUUUUGAUUUCUUGACGAGAUUGUACGACAUAGGUGGAGUUGUCAGUGUCAUGGCUCUCAGCAGUCUCUUCAUCCUCAUGACGCUACAUGGCUUAGAAUACUCCUACUUCUAUGAACAGUUGCUUGCUUCCUGCUUAAAAUCAUACCUCCUUCUAGCAUACUUGGCUGCUGCUUUUGCUAAGAAACUGCGUCGACUAGCACUCUCUGUGCUUCCAGCAGAAGCACUGGUUAUUGUUGCUCCUUUCCACAAUCUCUUACGACGGCAUCCUUCUAUCAAAUGUUUGGUACACAGGGAAGAUGGUGAAUCCGAGGCCAAGGAUGAUCUGAAAAUGGAAGAGCAGAUUGUUGGCAAUAGAAAUGACUCAACUGGCACGGAUUUGCCUAAGAAACCCGGUUUUGAUCAUUUCCGUGAUGCUAGUGGAAGGUCCAAGUCACUAAAACCAGAAGUUGACCUAAAAGCGAAAAACAUGAAUCUUCUGUAUAUAUUACUGGUACCGUCUGCCACCAAAAUAGCUAAGAAGAUAAAAUUGAAGUUCACUAAAGCGUGGAUUUCAUUUUUGAGGUUGCCACUUCCACUCAAUGUAUAUAAGGAGCUUCUUGUUUCCUUCUUUAAAUCACCCUUCCUUCCAGCAUACUUGGCUGCUGUUUUUGCUGAGAAACUGAGUCAACUAGCACUCUCUGUGCUUCCAGCAGGGGCACUGGUUAUUGUUUCUCCUAUCCACAAUCUCUUACGAUGGCAUUCUUCAAUCAACUGUUUGGUGCACAGGAAAGAUGGUGAAUCUAAGACCAAGGAUGAUCUGAAAAUGGAAGAGCAGAUUGUUGGCAAUAGAAAUGACUCAACUGGCAUGGAUUUGUCUAAGAAACCCGGUUUUGAUCAUUUCUGUGAUGCUAGUGGAAUGUCCAAGUCAUUAAAACCAGAAGUUCACCUAAAAGUGAAAAGCAUGAAUCUUCUGUAUAUAUUACUGGUUAAUGUACUGUCCGCCACCAAAAUAGCUAAGAAGAUAGAAUUGAAGUGUACUAAAGCGUGGAUUUCAUUUUUGAGGUUGCCACUUCCACUCGAUGUAUAUAAGGAGGUUCUGGUCUCUCUCCAUCAGGCAGUUAUUCCUCACCUGUCUAAUUCCAUCAUGUUAUGUAAUUUCUUGACGAGAUCGUACAACAUUGGUGGAGUUGUCAGUGUCAUGGCUCUCAGCAGUCUCUUCAUCCUCUUGAAGCAACAUGGCUUAGAAUACACCUACUUCUAUGAAAAGCUUUCCGCACUAUUGCAACCUUCCAUCUUCAUUACCAAACACAGGGCGAAAUUUUAUGAACUGCUUGUUUCCUGCUUAAAAUCACCCCUCCUUCCAGCAUACUUGGCUGCUGCUUUUGCUAAGAAACUGAGUCGACUAGCACUCUCCGUGCUUCAAGCAGGGGCACUGGUUAUUGUUUCACCUAUUCACAAUCUCUUUCGACGACAUCCUUCAAUCAACUGUUUGGUGCACAGGGAGUCCAGUAAAAGAAUGUCUACCAGGAGUCUGUUUUAUUUCCAUCGAGGCCACCUCCUCCUCCUCCUCGCCUUCGUGCUCUCGGACACCGUCACCAUGGCCCUCGGUGACAAAGGCAUAGCUUCUUAUUAUACACCUCCUUAUGAACGGACGGAUUGCUACGGUGUGGGCUCAUCCCAGUUCCCUGAGAACAAGCUGUUCGCGGCUGUGGGUGACAAACUAUGGGACCUUGGGGCAGCGUGUGGCAGGGAGUACGAGGUGCGGUGCAUCAGCAAGGCGCAGUCUGGCCCCGGGUCCUGCAAACCUGGCUCCGGCACUAUCCGGGUCAAGAUCGUCGACAAUGCCCUCUCGGUUGAGUCCGCCGCUGCCGCCGGCCCCAAGCAGUCCGUCACCGGUGCUGAUUUGGUCCUGUCUCAGACCGCUUUUGAAGCCAUUGCCAAUCCGUCCAUGGCUUCGAUCAAUGUCGAGUUUAAGGAGGUCUGAUCUUCGGUGAUGGUUCAAGGCUGGAGACAGAAAGGCAAAAGAAAUGCGGAUAAUUUAGACAUUGUUUGAAUCAAGUGAAAACUUCGAAUAAGGCCACGAAAUGUGACUAUUUUCUCAAAAAAUGGUCAGAAGUGAACAUUAUUUCAAAUAAGGAUUUGAAGUGAUAAACAGAGUCUCAAAUAGGUCUUUAGUGAGCAAAUGCAUCUCACAUGCAUUUUUCAAGUUAUGCUUAAGGGCAUUUUUGUCCGAACCUAUUUUUUCUUUCUUUCUUUGCUUUUUCUUUCUUCUUUCUCGAUUCUUCUCCUUUCUUCUUCCUAAGCCGACUCUCCAGUUCGUCUUCUUCUUUCUUCUCUCCUUUACUUCUCCCUUAGCAUUUUGAACGAAACCCCUUCUUCACUUCAAACAAAAGCACAAAGCAAAAGCAACAUCUGGGUUGGUUCAGAUCGACUGGUAAAAAGAGUCUGGACUGAACCAGGAGAAGCAAAAAUUAUCAACGAGUCAAAAGAUGACCAUGUACCUGCGUGCUUACAACCAAAGAUCGAUCUGAACCAGCAAAAGCAAAAUAUUGAAAUUUCCAACCAUUUCAAGUCAAAG